CGAUUCCUAUGCUGAUGGAGGAAAUGUGCCUCACAUGCCGGGGGCGCUGGGGAGUAGGCGUCUGGGAUUUUGUGGUUGAAUAAGACACCUGGCCUGGCUCUCCUGGAGCUUAGUUUAGUAGGUCACACAAGCAGUCAUUGGUAAAUUUGGGAUUCAAACAAAUCUGUUAGGCUCAAACCUGUCUGUUAUUUGUCCUCCAAGCUUCAUAUAAACUGAGGAGCCUUAAAGGGUAAAAACUUCAGGAGCAGCAAAGUUUCAAAAAAAGAUCAGCAAGAAAGCUCUUUUCCAGAUUUUAUCUUGAAGGCACUAGCUACUUUAAGCUAUUUUUUUAUUAUAUUUUGCCCUUGCAGUUGGCGUUUGAUUUCUCACUGAACAUUCAUUGUCAUAAUUAUAGACACUAUGUGACUAUCAAGGGCAUAAUAUUCUUUCAUGCUGCAUUUUUAUUAGAUGGCACCUCAAAGUUUUCCCAAGUCGGUGGGUUUUAAAUUAUGAAUAUAUACCGUGGCAUAGUAUCUUACUUAGUAUUUUAAUAAGAUCCUUAUUUAUAUAACAAAUAUUUUUUUAUUCCUCUGUAGUGCUACUUUAGUCUCUGAGCUAAUUUUCAUGAAGCCAAUCUAAAAAUCAUGUUACUUCUAAAGAUGUGGAGCGAGUGAGAUGAACAGUUGUGCUGUCAUAUUGCCCCUCCCCAGUGCAGAUAGUGAAUGAGGACCCACUGAUUUAAAGGCAACACUGCAGCCCCUUCUUGCCUCAUUGAAGUCCCAAGUUUUAUUACAGUAAAAGCACUUAAUGUUGACAUUUCUGAAAGAAUGAAGAGGCCGGGCACGGCAGCUCACGCCGGUAAUCCCAGCACUUUGGGAGACUGAGGCAAGCGGAUCAUGAGGUCAGGACAUCGAGACCAUCCUGGCUAACACGGUGAAACCCCGUCUCUACUAAAAAUACAAAAAAUUAGCCAGGUGUGGUGCUGAGCGCCUGUAGUCCCAUCUACUUGGGAGGCUGAGGCAGGAGAAUGGCGUGAACCCAGGAGGCGGAGCUUGCAGUGAGCUGAGAUCGCCCCACUGCACUCCAGCCUGGGCGACAGAGCGAGACUCCGUCCCAGAUAAAUAAAUAACCAACCAAAUUAGCUGGGCGUGGUGGCGGGCGCCUGUAGUCCCAACUACUCAGGAGGCUGAGGCAGGAGAAUUACGUGAACCCGGGAGGCGGAGCUUGCAGUGGUCCUAGAUUGUGUCACUGCACUCCAGCCUGGGCGACAGAGCGACUCUGUCUCAAAAAAAAAAAAAAAAAAAAAAAGGAAAAAAAGAAUGAAGAGCCAGAGCCAGGCAUAGUGGCACGCCUGUAGUCCCACCUACUCAGGAGGCUGAGGCGGGAGGAUCACUGGAGCCCAGGAAUUCAAAGCCAGCCUGCGCAACAUAGACCCUGUCUCUAAAAAUGAAUUGGUUAUAAAGGAUGAAGAAAGGAAGGAGGAAAGGGAGAGAGAGAAGCCCUUAUAGAGUGGGUGCAUUUCUUGUAUGUGGGGCCACUUUGUAAGAACAGGAUUUUUCAAACUGGGCCCAUACUGGUAUGUGUGAAAUCAAUUUAGUUGGUUAUGGCCAUUUUUUUUUAAAAGGAAAUAUCAGUGAUCACUAUAGUGUAAGUAUAUUGUUUUGUGAAAGCCAUCUUAGUUAUGUAUUAUGUCUGUAUGUGUAAGAUUGUGAUAUAAAAUGUAUUUCUGUGGUUAAAUAUUCAAAGAAAUUGGAGAACCAUUGCUACAAGGGGACAGAGGACUCCGUGUGAGCUCUCCUGCCUUCCCUGAAUAAACUUACACAAUUUAGUGCUGGGACAUUUGAACCUUUUCUGAAAAUUUGGGUCAGGGAGAGCAUCUUGGGGAGGUGGGAAGGAAGGUAGAAGGAGCAAAGCAACACCCCCCUGAAGCCUGGGAAUAUUGUCAGAACCUUAAGUAUAAUUCAGCUCACCAUUCUGGGUAAGGACAGACUCUACCAAUGAAAAUGGGUGAUUACCAGCUGUGAAACACAAAAACAUACUUUUACGGUUACACAUUCCUUUACAAACAACCGUGUACAUUUCAGCCUCCUGCCCCACCAUUUCUUUUCUCCAGGAGGGAAGGCUGCAUGUCGAGGUGGUCAUAGAAUGUUGAGUAUCACACUUUCCUACCUCGCUUUUAUUUGCGCGGGUUUAAAUGCGCCUUAACAGAACCCGUGCAAAGGCUUGCCAACUGUCUGUCUGCACCGGAUGAGUAGAGCAUCUUCCUUGGUGGCAGGUGGGUGCGAGGAGGAGGGGGCUGGGCUUUUCUCCGGACGGGUGUUUGCCCAGAAGACCAUCAUCCCUGGACUACGUUAGGAGGAAGUGGCACCGCUCCGAGGUACGGGAAGAAGGGUUAUAAAGGGGGGAGUCCACCACACAUGGUCUUGAAGAAGCUUUUAUAAAAGGCAAAGGCAUCUUUGCCGGACGUUGUUGCAAAGGAGUAGAAACAAGCAGACGAAAACAUCCCAAAGGGUAACCACUAGCGUUCCUGCUUCUUGCAACAUUCAUCCCAGGCUUCCAGCUCAGCCCGCCCCAGGCCAGGUGAUCGGCCGCCACAUCCCCUGAGACUAAAGCACCUGCUCCUCCAUGAACUUGCCAAGAGCUGAGCGGCUUCGCUCCACACCGCAGCGCAGCCUCCGGGACUCUGAUGGGGAAGACGGUAAAAUUGAUGUCCUGGGAGAGGAGGAAGAUGAAGACGAGGUGGAAGACGAGGAGGAGGAGGCGAGCCAGCAGUUCCUAGAGCAGUCGCUCCAGCCGGGGCUGCAGGUGGCCCGGUGGAGCGGGGUUGCGCUUCCCCGAGAGCACAUCGAGGGCGGCGGCGGCCCGAGCGACCCCUCAGAGUUUGGCACCAAGUUCAGGGCACCGCCAAGGUCUGCGGCGGCCUCUGAAGAUGCCCGGCAGCCGGCAAAGCCCCCCAACUCGUACAUCGCGCUCAUCACCAUGGCCAUCCUGCAAAACCCGCACAAGCGCCUCACGCUCAGCGGCAUCUGCGCCUUCAUUAGUGGCCGCUUCCCCUACUACCGCCGCAAGUUCCCCGCCUGGCAGAACAGCAUCCGCCACAACCUCUCGCUGAACGACUGCUUCUUUAAGAUCCCCCGCGAGCCGGGCCACCCAGGCAAGGGCAACUACUGGAGCCUGGACCCCGCCUCCCAGGACAUGUUCGACAAUGGCAGCUUUCUCCGGCGCAGGAAGCGUUUCAAGCGCCACCAACUGACCCCGGGAGCUCACCUGCCCCACCCCUUCCCUCUACCUGCGGCACACGCCGCCCUGCACAACCCCCGCCCAGGCCCUCUGCUUGGGGCCCCUGCCCCGCCGCAGCCAGUCCCGGGGGCCUACCCCAACACCGCCCCCGGGAGACGCCCUUACGCUCUGCUGCACCCGCAUCCUCUUCGCUACCUACUGCUCUCGGCCCCCGCCUAUGCCGGGGCACCGAAGAAAGCAGAAGGCGCGGACCUGGCGACCCCGGCACCCUUCCCGUACUGCAGCCCUCACUUGGUCCUCAGCCUUGGGAGGAGGGCAAGGGUCUGGCGUCGCCACCGGGAGGCGGAUGCAUCUCUUUCAGCAUUGAGAGUAUUAUGCAAGGGGUCAGGGGAGCGGGUACAGGGGCCGCGCAGAGUUUGUCCCCGACCGCGUGGAGCUACUGCCACCUGCUCCAGCGACCAUCAAGCCUGUUGCAUCCCCAAACCACUGCCCCUUUGCUGCAAGUGUCCGCCGCCGCCGCUGCUCGGACAAUUUUGCAGCAAUAGCAGCAGCAUCAGGAGGAGGACUGCGCCAACGGCUGCGCUCCCACCAAGGGCGCAGUGCUGGGCGGGCACCUGUCAGCCGCGUCGGCGCUGCUGAGGUAUCAGGCAGUGGCAGAGGGCUCUAGGCUGACAUCGCUGGCUGCCCCUUUGGGCAGAGAGGGGACCUCACCAGUUUUUUUAGUAUCGCCCACGCCCAGUUCCCUGGCCAACUCCGCAGGGCCCUCCUAGAGCCAGGUGGGAGUGGGGAGCGACCCGCAGCUGCUCACUCCACCUUGCGCGGCCCAUACUGGGCGUGUGCAUCUGAAUCCCGCUGGAGAGCAAACACGAACUUCUGUCCGCUGCAAAAUGGUUAGAAAGAAACAGCUGGAUUACUUUCCUCUAAAAACCACCUGAACGUAACCUUCGCAGGGCGUCAAGUCAUCUUUUCUUGCCUUCGGUUGUGGCUUCUAUGGCUUUCCCGAUUUGCACAUUUCCUGGGGUACUAUGAACGUGAGUGGGGUAUUUUGUUCUGGCAUUAAAAGAAAAACAAGCAAGCAAACAAAAACACAGCCUCCGAUGCCAAACAUGUUCCCCCUUCUUCACUUCCUUGGAACUGGAAGUAUUAUUCCUAAGUCUAGUGCAAAAUGCUUCUACUCUCUGUGUCUUCCUGAUAGGGAUGUUUAAUGUAAGUAGGAUAUUAAUUUCAGAACAUUGAUUUCUUAUCUGUGUGUCUGACGUGCCAUCUUUAAUGUUAAAAUUAAGGUGUUAAAAUUAAGCCUAGUUAUAUAGACGAAA